UGUGUGUGGAUUCUGUUGUGUUGAUGCGGAGCGGGGGACGGAGGCGGAAUACGGGCACAUAUCCCAGAGAAGAAACGGGGUCAACCGCGGAGAAGGAGGCCACUACCCAGACCAUUCGUCGAUUAUCGCCCCCGGUGACUCCAGUCACUGCACGGGGUGGGUCUAACCCAAAAAUUUAUUCGUCACUCUACAAUGGACUGUGCGAGAUUGGUUCAUCUCGGUGAAUCCCCUUGCAGCAGCUGGCAGGAGAGCCGGGGAUAGGACCUAGAGAGAGGACCGAGUCAAAUGAGGGUGGCCUGUCCGCUUUUGUCCUGCGCCCCUCGGCCCGGUGUCUGCCGUUAAUUGAGCCGUACACGGUACGUAAAUGCACUGGGAAUAGAGCAGACAGGCCUGCGAGAACCACUUCACAUGGUCAAAUAGUCUUUGUCGGACAUUUUGGCAGUGAAUCGAUUAUCUGUAUUGUUCCGUUGAACGGAUGGAGUGACUUGCACGAAGGGAGAGAGAGACAGACCGCAGUUUGGUUGCGUGUGAUGAUAGGAGACACAAUGACGCUCUUGUCUCUUCUGGGUCGGAUCAUGCGUUAUUUUCUCCUCAGGCCGGAGACGUUAUUUCUACUGUGCAUAAGCCUGGCGCUGUGGAGUUAUUUCUUCCACACGGACGAGGUGAAAACCAUCGUCAAGUCCAGCCGGGAUGCUGUGAAGAUGGUGAAGGGGAAAGUGGCGGAGAUGAUGCAGAAUGACCGGCUGGGGGGCCUUAGCGUUCUGGACGCGGAGUUCUCCAAAACCUGGGAGUUCAAGAAUAACAACGUAGCCGUUUACUCCAUACAGGGGCGGCGAGAUCACAUGGAGGACCGCUUCGAGGUGCUCACCGACAUCACCAACAAGAGCCAUCCGUCUAUAUUCGGGAUAUUUGACGGCCACGGAGGAGAGGCUGCAGCUGACUAUGUGAAGACCCACCUGCCAGAGUCCCUGAAGCAGCAGCUGCAGGCCUUUGAGAGAGAGAAGAGAGAGAGCGUUCUCACUUAUGCCAGCAUCCUCGAACAGCGCAUCCUGGCUGUGGAUCGUGAGAUGCUGGACAAACUCUCAGCCAACCACGAUGAAGCAGGCACAACAUGUCUAAUAGCGCUGUUAUCUGACAGAGAGCUUACGGUGGCCAAUGUCGGGGACUCGCGUGGUGUUUUGUGUGACAAGGAUGGGAACGCUGUCGCACUGUCACAUGACCACAAGCCGUAUCAGCUCAAAGAGCGCAAGAGGAUCAAGAGGGCAGGAGGAUUUAUCAGUUUUAAUGGAUCCUGGAGAGUACAGGGAAUCCUGGCCAUGUCCCGCUCUCUAGGUGACUACCCACUGAAGAAUCUCAAUGUAGUCAUCCCUGAUCCCGACAUCAUGACCAUUGACCUGGACAAGCUGCAGCCAGAGUUCAUGAUCCUGGCAUCUGACGGCCUGUGGGACGCCUUCAGCAAUGAGGAGGCCGUUCGGUUUGUCCGAGAGCGCUUAGAUGAACCGCACUACGGUGCCAAAAGCAUCGUUCUCCAGUCAUUCUACCGCGGUUGCCCUGACAACAUCACUGUCAUGGUGGUUAAGUUCAAGAGCGGCGCCGGGGGAAGCACCAAGGCAGGGGAGUAGAUUAAGGUCAUAUCGAGGGCUCACAAUGAGGUUGUUGUUAUGUUUUUGGCUAUGCUUUUGGUGACAAUAACAUUAGGAAUUGAGGACUCUGACUGCCCUCAAAUGGACACUCUUAUAAAUGCACACAUAAACAUGCACACAUAUAAACACACACACAAACACACACACACACACACUUGAAGCUGAAGUUUUCUUUUGUUUGAGGAUUAUUGAUUGAAAUGCGGGCAUAAAACAUAUAGAGAUUCCAUGUCCACCUGCUUUCUGAAUGCAUAUGUAUAUUCUCAAAUGGCAGAAACACAUGCACACAGUCUAAACAGACACCAAACAGCUAUUGCUCCUUUAUCAUCAAGGGCAUUUCUCUUAACCAGCACACACUAGACUGUGAUUGAUUUACUACUGUUUACUGUACAUGCAUACGUAUGGUACGGCUCCACUGGAGGGCUCUCCAAAGGCAAAAAUAAAAUAUAAUAAAUUUACAACUAGUGCCUGCCCGAGAAUUGCUGUGUGGAAACUAUAAGGUAUUUGUGAAACACCACCCAGCUUUCUUCAUUUCGAUGAUGCUCUCAAUUCAUUCAUUGUCUCAGAUGAAAAUGACUCAAACAUUAAAAAAAAGACUCCAGUGGUUUCAUAUCUUUAUUGAGCAUAACUCACAUACACACAUGCACACACACAUACAGAGUUUUGAAAAACAAACAAUGCACUUUUGAGAGUUUUAUUUUUAUGGAAUGAUAAGUUCUUACAUAUCAGCCUAUGUAGACACUGUACAUCCUCAGUAAUACCAGGGCGCUGUCAUCUUUGUAAUAUAUGUAUACCCUGAUUUAGCCCCUGACUUUGACCUCUCGGUACAGUCGUAAGGGGCUAAUGCUAACUAUUCCAUAACAAUGGUUUAACACCAUCUCUAUCAGGGCAUGUGCUUUUGGCGUAUCCAUCUUCAUGAACAAAGUACAUACUGUAUGUAUCUAUGGACACUGAUGGCUGCCUUUGACCUAGAAAGCACACAAAACAGGAGAUGCAACAAACUGGUGAUUUACACCCCUCUGCUAUGAGCAACUGACUAAAAGACGACACAACAUGUACUGUACAGCCGCAACAGGAAUGCUACUAGCUAGUAAUAUGAUAUGCUUAUGAAGCAAUACAAGUGGAGUCAUCAAUGGCAUUUUCUUAAGGAAAGUCAUGGUACACUAUACUUGAUUAACUGCUGUUUUAGGUUCAACUAUUUUUACCACUGUGUUCCAUAAUCUUUGCAUCUGUUGAGUUGGGAGAAACAACAAGCCUUUCUUUAAUUUAACAAUUUACCUUAAUGCCUUAUUUAUUGUCAAGUUUUAUAGAUAUGUCUGGCAAGUUGCCAAUUUGGUACAUUUUUAGUUGUUUCUUGUCAUUAUGUACAUGAGCAUUGGUUUACAAUUAAAUAGAUACCCAUCGCUUUAAGUUGACAAGCAGUCCAUAUGUAAACUAUAGACUUCACAAUGUUGAGUUGAUGCUCAGUGUAUAACUUUGCCAAACACAGUGUAAAAACUUUCUGUAUGUAAACUAUCAGUAUUAAAAUGACAAAUUACCCAUGUGAACUG